GACUGUGUGUGUGUCUGUGCCUGUGUGUGGGUCUAGUCCAGCAGAAAGAGAGGGAAGUGGGGGAGAACAGGGGAUGUACCAGCCACCUUGAGCAGCUCCUAGGCUCCUGAUUGGUGCCUGGGCUGUCCUCCGAGUUGCCUUUAAAAAGCCCAGACCAGAUGUCCUGGCCCUAGAUCCAGUAACGGUGAAGGAGAGGAGACACAGGUCAAUGAGUGAAGAGAGAGUAUGAAGACUGAAGCUUGGCAUAUUGAAGACAACUUUACUACUCUUACCUUCUUGCUAAGUGUGCUUUGUUGAAACCUGCUCUGUUGAAACUUGCUCUGUUGCCUAGCUGAACAUUUCUCUUCUCAGGACAAAAUUACUAUUGAGUGUCCGGUUGAUAACUAGCUGGGUGCUGUCUCACUAAAGACAGUUUGACUGAACACAGACGGACAGUAGACUUCCUUACAUAGUCUAUAUGUAGACUACCUGAGAGACAGACAGUAGACUUCAUUACAUAGUUUAACUGUAGACUGAAUACCUGACAGACCAUUUUCAGAGAACUGCCACAGUGCUUGUUUGACACAGGAGAUCCUAACAAUACCUUGACCAGAUGAUUCUCAAGAUCUUCCUCACCUUCCUCUUCCUCCAUGGUCUGGUGCUAAAUGCAUCCUCCUCUUCCUCAUCCUCCGAAGAGGAGGAUGGCGGGAGCAGUGAGAAGGACAGCGGGGAGCAUCAUCCUAAAGGUGUCCCUCAUGGUGGACACUGGGGCUACGAAGAUCAAGCUGCCUGGUCCUCUGAGUUCUCACACUGCAGUGGAAAAUCCCAGUCUCCCAUUGACAUUGAUACCAGGAGAGCCCUCUAUGACCGCAGCCUGCCACCCAUAACACUGGAGGGCUAUGAUCUGACAGACAGCUUAGCAUUGACACUGUUGAACAACGGCCAUACCUUGCAGCUGGUCCUGCCCAACACCAUGCGCAUCACCAGUGGGUUUGACAACGAGUUCCGGGCCGCCCAACUGCAUUUCCACUGGGGGACCAAAGAGGUACCAGGAUCUGAACACACCAUAGAUAACGUCCAUUUCCCUGCAGAGAUUCACAUGGUUCAUUACAACUCUAAAUAUGCAAAUCUGUCCGAGGCAGCCAGCAAAUCAGAUGGCCUGGCUGUAUUAGGGGGCUUCAUUGGGAUUGGUCUUCAUGAGAAUGACAACUAUGAAAAGAUCCUGUCUGCGCUCGCUGAUGUCAGCAUCGAAGAGUCUAACACUGAGAUCCCUGCCUUCAAUGUCCGUCAUCUUUUGCCAAACAAGCUGGAGCGCUUCUACAGAUAUAAUGGCUCUCUUACCACUCCUCCCUGCUUCCAAACAGUCAACUGGACAAUGUUCAAUGAUACCAUCACAGUGUCCAGGAGGCAGCUGGCUGCUCUGGAGGACACCCUGAAAGCAGGCCAACACCAGCACCUGACCAAGAACUUCAGAGCACCUCAGCUUCUACAUGGGAGACACGUCCUCGCCUCGUUCACAGACACUCCCACCAUAAUCGUUGCAGGACAUCCAGGUAUCUCUAUUAACACCUUGUCGGAGACUGAUGCCUCUAACAGUGAAGGGCCAUCAACUGGGCCAUCCGAGGUCCUGGCAAGAGGAGAUAUCUUGGCCAUAGCCUUUGGAGCUCUCUUUGCCGUCACCUUGCUGCUAUUCACGCUCUACGCAUACCAACAGCGUAAAAAAUACUCUAGUAUCAAAAAGGACUCCAGACAGAACGUUAUCUACAAACCAGCAACUAAAGAAGAGGCAUAGAUGUCACUGGAAAGGAAUCCUAUUCAGAUUCCAUAUUCAAACUAUUUUCAAUAAGAAUUAAAGAGAUUAUCCAGUACUUUUCUAGACUUUUUAGCCAGUAGUUCUGAAAGUAGCUCUCACAAGCCAAAAGUGGUCCCUGAAAAUUGCAUACUAUAUCAGAUUAUGUGCAGAUACUGUAUGCGCAGCACAGCAUCGCUCUCUCGCUCGCUCUACUGUGGUGCACAAUGUGCCUCUUGCUAGCUGUCACUAUUAUGACGAGGGGUUGAAGCUCAUUAGUUGAAAUCAAACUGAAAAAUGGAGGGAAAAUAGACCAUCACCCCUUCCAGGAAAAACAGUCGCUUUCAAACUAGGGAUUUCAUGUCUAAUUACGGUAAGACAGUAAUUCUGAUAAUAGAUUAUGCAUGUAUGAACUACACAUUGACACAUCCAGCCCCAAAGUGGGAUGUUUAAAAAAUACUUAGUCGUUGCCAAUGUUCUAGAGCCGGUGUCUUUAAAAGAGUUAUGAAAGAGAAUUCAUAUUGCUCAAACCAAGUUUGACAUUUGCUCAGAAUGAUUGUCCUUGUCUUUGUUACUAAUGCAAAGUGGCUUAAGUAUGUAAUAUGUGUCAGUGGAGGCUGCUGAGGGGAGGACGGCUCAUAAUAAUGCCUGGAAUGGAGUGAAUGGAAUGGCAUCAAACACAUGGAAACCAUGGAAACCAUGUGUUUGAUGUUGUUGAUCUGCUCCAGCCAUUACUAUGUGCCUGUCCUCCCCAAUUAAGGUGCCACCAACCUCCUGUGAUGUGUGUGUAUGGUACGUGUAGAAGAAUAGCUGCAGUUACCAUCUGAGUAGGAAUGUGUACAAUGUGUUCUAUUUAAUUGUGGUGGCAAAAUGAUAAGAUGUUCAUGAAUACAAUCCACCUGUCGAUGUUCUAACUUCAAUACAAUUGACUUACUGUCGAAGAAAGUCAAAUCACUUUUUUCCCAGGGUGUUCACUUCGUUACAAGUACUAGAGCUGCAGAUGAAAGUGUUAUGCUGUAUCGUGUGUGUUGGAUAUCAUGCAGGAAGUGUUUUAUAUGAGUGUUGUAUUGUUAUUACUGUAUAUCCUCUAAUGUAUUCACACUUGUCACUAAUACCGUUAAGUUGUUUUGUAGUUUACCUCUCAACCUCUCCACAACGGUGUAUACGGAUGUGCAAUUGGACCUUGAAAUGUACAAUAAAUGUGUUAUAUUCUUAUAAA